AUUUACUAGGUCUGUACCAGUGCGUUACCGGCAGCGCCCAGCGGCCGUAGUUUAACCUUGAACUUGUUUUGAUUUAUAUAAAAUAUGUUGAGGCGUUUCAGUACAGUUUUUCUUACGAAAAAAGCAAAUUUUGCAACAGCAGCAGUCCCAGCACCGAAUACAAAUCCUGAAAUAUUUUAUACCGGUCUCUUCAUAAACAACGAAUGGGUUAAGUCGGCUGAUGGCAAAACUUUCAAUACAGAAAAUCCUGCUAACGGCAAAGUUAUCGCAGAGGUCCAACAAGCUGGGAAGGCAGACGUCGACCUAGCCGUCGCCGCUGCUAAAGACGCUUUCAGAUUUGGAUCAAAAUGGCGAACAAUGGACGCCUCACAGCGAGGGUACCUCAUCAACAAACUCGCGGACCUCGUCGAAAGGGACAGAGCUUAUCUUGCUAGCUUAGAGACGCUGGACAACGGGAAACCAUACCUCGCGGCCUACCAUGGAGAUUUAGCCGGUGUGAUCAAGAAUCUGAGGUACUACGCGGGCUGGGCCGACAAAAACCACGGAAUGGUACUGCCCGCUGAUGGACCAUACUUCGCGUACACGAGACACGAACCAGUCGGUGUUUGUGGUCAGAUCAUCCCGUGGAACUUCCCACUGUUGAUGGCCGCCUGGAAGCUGGGCCCCGCGCUCGCCGGCGGGAACACGUUGGUGCUGAAACCGGCCGAGCAGACUCCGCUCACCGCUCUGUACCUGGCCCAACUCGUUAAGGAGGCCGGUUUCCCUCCAGGAGUAGUGAACGUGUUGCCGGGCUUCGGAGACGCGGGCGCAGCCCUGGUCGACCAUCCCGACGUCGACAAAAUCGCAUUCACGGGCUCGACGGAGGUCGGUAAAUUGAUUCAGCGCGGCGCGGCCGGUACCGUGAAGCGCAUAACCCUGGAGCUCGGAGGGAAAUCCCCGAACAUCAUAUUCGCGGACGCCGACCUUCCCAACGCCGUGGAACUCUCGCAUCACGCGCUCUUCUACAACAUGGGACAGUGCUGCUGUGCCGGGUCCCGAACGUUCGUCGAGGAAUCAAUUUAUGACAAGUUCGUGGAAAUGUCGGCCGCUCGCGCCGCCAGGAGGAAGGUGGGAGAUCCCUUCAAACCCGACACGGAACAGGGACCGCAGAUCGACUCUGAGCAACACUCUAAGAUACUGAGUUUGAUUGAAAGCGGCAAACGACAAGGAGCCAGGCUGAUGACCGGCGGACUCCGGCACGGCGAGCUCGGGCACUUCAUACAGCCGACCGUGUUCGCCGACGUGCGAGACGACAUGGACAUCGCUCAGACAGAGAUCUUCGGGCCGGUGCAGCAAAUCAUCAAAUUCUCCAAGAUCGACGAGCUAUUGGAGCGCGCGAACAACACCGAAUACGGCUUAGCCGCGGCCGUCUUCACCAAGGACAUCGACAGAGCUAACUACUUGAUCCAGGGUCUCCGCGCCGGGACCGUGUGGGUCAAUGACUACAACGUCUUCGGCCAGCAAGUGCCGUUCGGCGGAUACAAACAAUCUGGACUGGGAAGAGAAAACGGACCCUACGGCAUCAAGAACUACACGGAAGUGAAGGCCGUGGUGAUCAAGAUGCAGCAGAAAAACUCAUAGACACAAGGACCAGUUACUACGGACUAUACUAUAUAAGUUAUCAGUGAGGCGCCGCACAUUUCCGCCAUACCACUACUAUAUGUAUUAUUUUUAUAUACAGUGACAUCAAUAAAAAUGUUAUAUUAAUUA